AUGGCUUCAACCCGACCAGAAGCCGGCGCCGGUGAAGCAAAUCCAGAGGGCGACGAGUUGGAGAUAGACUACGGGUACGACACCGAGGAUUCGGGCUUCGAGCAAGAUUCUGUCUUGACACAGUCAGUCCGGUCGAGUAUAUAUCAAUACAAGGUCGAGAAUGGCCGGACGUACCAUGCGUAUAAAGAGGGCCAAUACUUUAUGCCCAACGACUCGGCCGAGCACGAGCGACUAGAGUUGCAACACCGGGCAAUGUUUCUUGCUGCUGGCGGCCAGCUCUUCUAUUCACCUGUCAAGCGGCUCCAGAAUGUCUUGGAUUUGGGCACCGGCAUUGGAACAUGGGCCAUUGAUGUGGCUGACGCGCACCCCGAGGCCAUCGUGGUAGGAGUAGACUUGAGUCCUAUCCAGCCCACACUCGCGCCGCCAAACACCAAGUGGGAGAUUGAUGAUGUCGAGGACGACUGGACAUGGCCGCCAAACCAUUUCGAUCUCAUAUACAGCCAGUUCAUGCUCAGCGGAAGUAUCGCAAAUUUUCAAAAGUAUUUUCGACAGGCUUUUAGACACUGCAGGCCCGGGGGCUACUUCGAGCUUCGCGAUCUGGCCACAUACCUUCGAAGCGACCACGCUCCGAUUAGUCCAGACAACGCAGUUGACGAGUGGUGUCGUCUGAUGCGACAAGGCAUUGUCGGCAUGGGGCGCAGGCUUGACCUAGACUUCGAGGAACUGGGAAACCUGAUGCGCCAGGUGGGCUUCGUCGACGUGGUUGUCAGGCCGUUUAAGAUCCCUAUCGGUCGAUGGCCGUCCGAUCCCAGAUUGAAGGAGGCAGGGUUGUAUCAGCUGUACGCAAUGCUGGAGGGCGUCGAGGCACUGACACUUGCCAUCUUCACACGCUGUUUGGGCUGGGAGCCAGAACGUGUCCAAGUAUUCCUUGCCGAUGUAAGGAAAGAGUUUAAGGCGACGAAACGAUAUACUUACUGGCCAUGCGCCGUUAUUUACGGCAGGAAGCCUGAAGCCGUAGCCUCAACAGGCUCUGCGCCGUGA